CCAGCCCUCACCACCUUUCUCUGCCUUCCUCCCGCAGAUUACUCCGACAUCAAGGUGAGGAAAGAUUACAUGAAUGACGUCGAGAAGAUGAUGUCAGACCUGAAGAAGUACAUCGGAGAGUCCUUUCUGCCCAACGACUCGGAUUUCUUGGGGAUCUACGGCAGGGUGAUGGUCAACCGCUUCUGCCUCCACGACGAGGAACUGGGUAUGGUGGGCAGCGGCCUGUACCUCGCGGCCUCCAUCUUCGACCACGCCUGCAUACCCAACUGCAGCUUCAGUUUCGAGGGCACCCGGGUCGUGAUUCGAGCGCUGGCGGAUAUGGACGACUUUUCCUAUAAUAAGUGUCGCAUCAGCUACCUCGACCCGCUGCAAGGAACCAAGGAGAGACGGGAGGAGCUGUACAAAUUCUGGUUCUUUUGGUGCGACUGCAAACCCUGCCAUGACGAGGAGAGGCUGGCGAUGGAGAAUACGAUUAAAUGCGAAAACGAGCACUGCCUAUCGCCGGUCACCGUGCCCGAAGGCGCUGGUUCGACACCCCCAACCUGCACCCGCUGCGGGGACGUCGUCAGCCCAGAGAGCAUUAAAAAGUACAACGAGAUUAUCGCCUACACCAAGAAGACUAUGAGUAUCAUGUCGCGAGAGGAUAAUAGUAAGGAUUACGAAACGUGUUACGACCUGUUAGAGAAGCAAGGCAGCGUCCUCUCGUCCAUGAAUAUCUGGAGAUGCAGGACACUCGACUUCGCCUUCAACGCUGCCAUCAACAACGGGUGCUUCAGCCUCGCUUUCGACUACGGGGAUGAAAAUAAGGCCGCUAUGAGGUUCUACUACGGGCCCGACCACCCGGCGUACGGCGUGUUCCUCCUGCACCUCGCCAAAGCCAAGUUCUACAACAAGGAGUACAAGGAGGGCCUCGGGCACAUCCGCGAGGCCGAACCCAUCCUGAAGGUCGCCUACGGUGCGUCCCAUCCCCUCAUCGCCGAGGAGCUGAGUCGCCUCACCUACAUCGCCUACGAGGACGUGGAGUUCGCCCUCACCCGACGUCUGGAGAUGGCGCAAAACCGCGACAAGGACGACGACCCGAGGCUGCCCUCCUCCUGAUCCUACUAUCAAACCUCUCGCGCGAAUCAAGCCCAAAGAAGAUUGAUUUUAUUGAUAGUAUUGAUAAGCUUGGUGCAAGAGCUUCGUGCAUGAUGCUUUGUAUUGGAUAUAAAACAUGUUAUAUUGGAAAUCUGUAUUAUAUUAGGGGCGGGAU